AUGGUUGCUGAAACAAAACAAUUCUGCAGAGAGUGCAACAAUAUGCUCUACCCAAAGGAGGACAAACUUGAAAAAAUGUUAUAUCUGGCCUGCAGGAACUGCGAGCACUUUGAGGAAGCCAUCACUCCCACGGUCUACACAGCUGAGUACAAAAAGAGCACAGGAAAAGUGGCGAUGGAGAUGGCUGCCAAAGAGAUCGCAUCAGAUCCCACGCUAAAAAGAAUAUCAAAAGAGUGCAGCAGAUGCAACCACGGGGUCCACGCAGUGUUUCAGCCUAAGGAUAACAGAGAAGACGAGCCUCUCUCUGUGAACUAUGCGUGCUGCAGAUGUUUUAAAAUAUCAAAUAGCUUAGAUGGUGUGUUUAGUUAG